AUGUCCUCAGCAGAUGACACAGAUUCGUCCACUGACUGGAAGGCAAAGUACAAUGAGGUUGCAGACAUGUUGGCAGAGACUCGUGCAGAGCUCGACGAGUUUCACACCUCGAGCAAGGACCUGGAGGAGGAACUGAUCAAGGAAAUUGAGCGCACAGAGAAAGCCCAGCAGGAUCUCAGAAUCAAGUUGGAGAGGGCGGACUCAGAGAAAGAAGACUGGAAGUCAAAGUUCGUAUCGCUUCAAACUACUCAUAACACCACUACCACUUCCCUGCAACGAGAGCUGGACACCGUUCGUCAGGAAUCGCAGAGGCUCAAGGUUCAAUUGCGCGAAUUAGAACUCGGAAAUGAUGAUCUGGAAAGGAAUGAGCGAGCUGUCUCAUCGACUUUGGCCGAUGUUGAAGGAAAGUAUUCCCGAGUGCUUGAGGAGAAGAUCCUCCUCGAACAUGAGCUAUUGGAUAAGGCCAGUCUCGAGGAGGAGUGCCAGCGACUCAAGGAUGAUUUGAGAGAUACGAACCUCGAGGUUUCCAUCCUUAGGGAUCAGCUCGCCGUAGCUCAAGCAAAGGUCUCCAGAGAAAUCGAGGAUGUCCCAGGUUCCAACGGGUCGUCCGCUUUAUUCUCUAUGACUUCUCCGCCAUCCACAGACGAAAGUCUUCUCAACACCCCGCCCCCAGAUUUUCAACUGUCCGAGCUCGAGAGCAAGACAGAUAUCUCCACGCCCUCACGGCCCCAUUCUACAUCAUUAUCGUCUUCAACCUCUGGGCAGUCUAUCGCCCUUCAUAAGGCUGGUUUCCACCCGAAGGCUAAUAAACCCACAACGGCGGCGGCGACGACCGCGACCGUGUCGCGAUCCCGAACGCUGCCCUCUGGCACUACUCGCAGUCCUCCCCAGGCACAGGUUCCCCGACCUAUUCACACAGCGAGCUCUAGUAUCGGCGCAACAUCCGCUAUACCUGUCGCAGCCACAAAGAGCAGAGGGGUGCAGAUGGUGUCAGAAAUGAGGGCUCGUGUGCGCAAUUUGGAACAGAAGAUACACACCAGGGUCCCACGCUUGCGGAUGGGUAGCAAUGAUGCUCAUCAGAAUCCACUUGAUGCAUCAGCUCUGAGUCCCAGCGCCAGCUCUACAUCCUAUGAUUCAAGGGCUUCGACACUUCAUCCUACCCCAGCUCAGUCAGUAGCAGGCGGAGUCAGUCCUCGACGUCGAAGCGGCGACUCCGAUAGCAAAGCGGCUGUCACACCGUCUGCUGAUAAUUCUGGCUGGGUACUCAUCAUGGACGAAACCCCGUCGCCCAGUAAAGACCCUCAAAGACAGAUCAGACGAGUGUCCAGCCCUACUGCCCCAAGCGCAUAUAGUCGUGGUAUUACGCCCUCAACUUCCACCACUACGUACACCCGACAACCCUCUUCUCUCUAUCAUAGUACCGCGGCUCCUACUAGCCGUCGACCGCAGUCUCGCCUGUCAGGAGGUAGCCAAAGCACGACUGCCACUGUUAGCUCCAUACCUACGCCAUCCUCUCGCCCGGCUACUCCGACAUUUUUCCCCAUCCUGAGGGCUGGUCUCAACAAUUCCCCAAGCCCAUCGAGACGACCCGUCAUUUCGCACAACGGACAGACGAAACGGUCAUCUCUGGGAUCAAGUGCAACUCACUCUUCAUCUCCGGACCGAACUUCCAAACAACGGCCAGUAUCUUAUAGCGCGAAGUCUCCGAGAAGCAUGACGCAAUCUCAAUCCAAUGUCACGAUCCGCCCCUCGACAAGACUUCCUACUUACAACAGUACGGCAUCUGGACUCGGGCAGAGUAGGAUAAGCAGGCCCCCAGGUUCCUUCAUUGGCCGGAAGAACGGAGGUUUGGAUUUCCUGAACGAUGAUAGUGGUGGCGUGUCAGAUUCGGUCCUUGACAAGAGAAGUCGAGUGAGGCCAGGCCAGCAGCACGUUCGAUUUUAG